CUCCCAAUCAAUGCGGCGGAGAGUCGCAGGCCUGAAUCCUUCUUCAACCUUCUAGUUUCUGGAGGGGCACCUUCAACCUGGUCUGCGGUGCACUGGUAGUGGCUCCUUUCUUUAGAUAAAAAGAGGUAGAAAUAACACUUUGAAAUAGAAACAAUGUCCUUCCUGACUAUCAGCCGGCUAGCACCUAAACUUCUUAAUUCAAAGAAUGCCACACACCUAUUUGUGGCUGCCAGGAAUGCCACUGCAUCAACAACAAAUCUGAAGGAUGUGUUGGCAGACCUCAUCCCAAAAGAACAGACCAGGAUUAAGAACUUUAAACAACAGUAUGGCAAAACCAACAUAGGUCAGAUUACUGUUGACAUGGUCUAUGGCGGUAUGAGAGGGAUGAAAGGUCUGGUAUAUGAAACAUCUGUGUUGGAUCCAGAGGAGGGCAUCCGUUUCAGAGGCUAUAGCAUUCCAGAGUGUCAGAAGUUGCUGCCUAAAGCUCCAGGAGGUGAGGAGCCACUACCUGAGGGCCUCUUCUGGCUGCUGAUAACUGGUCAAAUCCCAACUGAGGAGCAGGUAAACUGGGUUUCCAAAGAGUGGGCGAAGAGAGCAGCACUCCCCUCUCAUGUUGUCACCAUGUUGGAUAAUUUCCCCACAAACCUGCACCCCAUGUCUCAGUUCAGUGCUGCCAUCACAGCUCUGAACAGUGAGAGCAGCUUUGCACGGGCAUACUCUGAGGGAGUACACAAGUCCAAGUACUGGGAGUUUGUCUAUGAAGACUCCAUGGACUUGAUUGCCAAGUUGCCCUGCAUCGCCGCUAAGAUCUACCGCAACCUUUAUCGUGAAGGCAGCAGCAUCGGAGCCAUUGACUCCAACCUGGACUGGUCCCACAACUUUACCAACAUGCUGGGAUACAGUGACGCUCAGUUCACUGAGCUGAUGAGGCUCUACCUCACCAUCCACAGUGACCAUGAAGGAGGCAAUGUCAGCGCCCAUACCAGCCACCUAGUGGGGAGUGCCCUCUCUGACCCCUACCUGUCCUUCAGUGCAGCUAUGAACGGCCUGGCUGGUCCUCUUCAUGGUUUGGCCAACCAGGAAGUGCUGGUGUGGCUGACUGCCCUGCAGAAGGAGCUUGGAGGAGAAGUUUCUGAUGAAAGGAUGAGGGAUUAUAUCUGGAACACCCUGAAGUCUGGAAGGGUGGUUCCAGGCUAUGGCCAUGCUGUCCUGAGGAAGACUGACCCACGUUACACCUGCCAGCGCGAGUUUGCCCUGAAACAUCUGCCCAACGACCCCAUGUUUAAGUUGGUCGCCCAGCUUUACAAGAUUGUGCCCAAUGUUCUCCUGGAGCAGGGUAAAGCCAAGAACCCCUGGCCCAACGUAGACGCUCACAGUGGAGUCCUUCUGCAAUACUACGGAAUGACGGAGAUGAACUACUACACUGUGCUCUUCGGUGUGUCCCGGGCUCUCGGCGUCCUCGCCCAGCUGGUGUGGAGUAGAGCCCUUGGCUUCCCCUUGGAGCGCCCCAAGUCCAUGAGCACAGAUGGACUUAUGGGUCUGGUCGGAACCAAAUCAGGCUGAACACCUGACCUCAAAGGAGCUGGGGGUUAGCAUGAAGGGUGAGACGAUGUCCACCGCAGACACCAGUUGACCCCUCAUGUCAUUUCCAACCCCAGGAAUUUAUUGGGAUUCAAAGAGACAGUACGCUUUUAAUGUUAUUUCACUAAAGAAGGGCCUUUUAAAUUGUCACCAGUAAUGUUGAAGUGUGUUUAGUUAACCACUGGUAAGUUUCCCCGUCAUGUCUGCAUGUUUGAAACUUGAAAGGAACAAACUUCAGACAUGCACCUGUGUAACCUUGAGUGGGCCCAAACUAUUUUCCAGUUUGAGCCUGAAAGCAUCAUAAGAUUUCCCCUGAGCUCUGCCUGCUGCAUGGUUCACCUGGAGUCAAAACUCUGAAUAGGCAGCAGCACUCAAAAGGGGAUUGUGGGAGUGAACUACACUUAGUAGAUAAUUGUUUAAAGGAAAAAAAAAACUCUUUAAACCCUUCUUCUAGAUUUAGGUUCAUUGUUUUUUUUUUUUCAAGAAUCAAAUAGAAAUCUUUGAGUUCUAUGCAAUCCUAUUUUCCAGUGCAGGAAUUCGGUGUCUUUCACUCCCACAUAUGAACACUCCAGUUUAAAAUAAUACAUUAAAAAGGUCCAAAAGAGCAACCAAAUUCAUAAUCUGAAGAUGUAUAGUUGUAUAAAAAAAAAAAAGUCUGUUAAAAGAUACUGCCCCUUUAAAUCUUUGAUCUCCUGUUUCUCCUGCUUGUAUUUUUUUCUUUUAAAUAAAUGACCUCGGGUACCUCUAUGAUCAAAAUGCCUGUCUGCAAAGAAAUCUUUUUUUUUUUUUUUCUUUAGAAUUGAGCUUUUAAUGAGUUUCUACUGAAAUGGGUCUUAAGAAUCAUAGAAGAUAAAGAAUGUACACUGACAGUAUAGCUAAUUUGAUUUAAGGAUAGUGUUGUAAUUGCCUGUAAUAAAUCUUUAAGAGCAAGCUUGGAAUGGAAAGGUUUGAUAGGGAGGCUUUGUAGUUGUCUCUGUGUAUUUUAAUCUGUAAAGUAAUCCCCACAGGAGAGCGCUUUGACAUCAAAUACUCCAAAAUGAGCACUUGCUUGAUUGGGUUUCCUAAUUUGUAGCUGUAGAACCCUUCCAGGUUGAUUGUGUCUUUUCUUUCUUUUUUUUCUUUUUUUUUUACAGAAGGUUUAUUUGUGUUAAAAUGUAAAGAGUAAUCUUCAGGCUCUCAUUUUGUGGUUUUAUUUAUACUUUGUGUACAUAUAAAUACCUAUGUAUAACUUGAAUGUAUGAGCUCUAUGCGAUCACCUGCUUGUCAUAACCACAAUUAUUCCCACACUUCACCAACGAUGUAAUAACCGUGUCUGGUGUCGCUGAAGUGUUCGGUCCAGUCGGUCACCGUCUCAUCCUGACAAUGAACAAAGAAAAAAAAAACUGCAGCUAUCUUGUAAAUAUAGUUUCUUGCUUAGCUGAUGUAGUUUUUGUUUUUUCCAAAUGUUUCAAGCUUGCUCUUUAGGUUCCAGGUUUGUCAACACUCCAUCUUUGUCAUGUUUCUUUCCUCAAACUUUUAGUCAGUAGUUCACACGAGCCUUUGAAUUUAUUCCACCCCCUCUUAUUUCUGGCUUGAUCAGACAUCUUUUUGUGUUUUCUUGUGUUCUUCCAUGCGCUGGAUGGUUCCUGAGAUGUGGUCAUUUUGAUCGUAGAGUGCUGCAAAGGUUGUAUGUAACUGGGCAUAGUGAUUGCAGGUAGUUUCAUUGGAGAGACGCUGUAGGGGUUAUCAGCUGAAUGGGACAAAUGGGUAAAACGAUAAGCUUAAACGCAAUUGU